UUGACUUUGCAAUUUAAGACUGACUGCUGUCUGUUCAUCUGUGUGUCCAUCACUGUUAUGUGUGUGUUUGUGUGUAUGUGUAUGUGUGUGUAGUGUAUAAAUAGUGUGUGUGUGUCUUUAAACAGCAGAGAGAGCAGCUCAGUGUUUACUCAGUCUGUCAAUGAGUAAACCUGCAGCAGGAACAACUCCCCACAUACAGUAUCUGAACCUGACCUCAGCUGUCUGCACACAGUGAUCAUGGCUGCAGUCGGAGCAGAGGUCGCCGGGCCGUGGUUCCUGUCAUCAGGAGGCGUUGGUUUCUUCAUCAUUCUCCUCCUCCUCUCCGUCUUUCUCACGGCUCUCUGUAGCAACUGUGGCAGACGUUCAUUUAAGCUGCAACAUGCUGCGGAGGACAAAAAUCCUUCAACUCUCGUCAGAGUGGGGAAACUGGAAGAAACCAGGGCGGCAGCGAGAGAGAAUCCGAUGAUCAACGAGAUCCAAAACGAUGAAAAAGGGUCUAAUACUAAAGAACAGAACCCGGUCCCAUACACUCCAUGGAGAAGCCACUUGAGGGCGCCACAAGACAAGCUAGAUGUCCCGACCAAUGGCAGUGGGGCAGUGAAGGACAUAGGAGGUGAUGCUAUCUCUGCUGCAGCAGAGGAAAGCAAGGUCCAGCAAAUGCUGAGGAGGAGCCGCCUGAGGGCGUCACAGACACAAGGUGUGAACAGCUCCUUCCCUCCAGAGUCUGACCACAUCUACCACACCAUUGGAGGAGGGCAGCGUGAUGCAGAUGUGUCGUUGCCCCCAACCAAUCAGGAGUUGUGGCUGGAGCGCAACAGCGGCAGAGAGCGUGGUACUCGCUUCGCCACAGAGGAUUUCAAUGACAGAGACAGAAACUCGCUUUAUGCUCAAGUCAGUAAGAGGGUGAGACAGCCUGAGGUCCCCGGCCAGACAGUGGAGGUGGUGCUGGUGGUGGAGGAGGAUCCUUCACCUCCACUGCCUGACCGGAGAGCAGAGAUGGAGGCGUGGAGGAGUGGACGGCUGGAGUGAUGAUGGAUGAAAGACAACCGAUUAAAGGACAGAGGACGGACUGUGGCAGCUAAAGGUAUAAGAUAAAAGACGGAAGAUGACAGGUGAAAACUACAAAAAAUAAAAGAUAAACAACAGAAGACGAAAGAAGGAAGAAGAAAGGAUGAAACAUAAGACACUAAAGAUGGACGGAUAACAAGGGUUAAAGGAAGAUGGGCAAAGGACGAAAGAUGAAAGACAAAUGACAUAAAUGAAAGAUGGAGGACAAAGGAUAAAGGACGAGGAUGAAAUGUUACAAAUGAAAGAGGAAGGACAACAAGAAAGGCUGGAAGAUAAGGAAGAAAGAUGAGACAAAAGAAGAAGGGAGGAUAAAGGAUAAAACAUGAAGUACAGACCAAGGAGAAACAACAACAGAUGAGAGAUGGAGUACGAAGAAUAAAAGACAACAGAAGGAGGAAGGAUGAAACAUGACAGACAGCAAUGAAUGACAAAGGAAGAAAAAGAAAAACAAAAGACCAAAGACAGAAAUUACACAAACAUUUCCCAACCUGCUGAUCCCAGAUCCCAAAUAUGAGAAAAUCCUUUAUUUUUAACUGAAAAACACUGCAUCCUACAUUUCCCAUAAUGCAGCUGGGUAGUUUCACAGGCUGAGGAGGAUCUUAAUGUGUAAAAGUGGUGGAAUAGCCCUUUAAAGAAUCACAGAUUGAAGCUUUAAGGAGAAUACACCAGUGGUUCGACUAUGUUUAGCUCAGAAAUGACAUUAAUGUCAAUAACUGCUAAUCAAUUAUUAAUCACUGAUCAGUUUUUAGAUCAAUUUCCUUCAUUCAGUUUCAUUUUGUUACAAUUAUAAAUUAAGUUUGCAGAGAAAUAAAUAAUCACAGUCAACAUUUAGCCCAUUAUAAUAUAGAUUACAUUGUUUAUUUUACAUUAGAGCUGAAAUGGUUUGUUGAUUAAUCUAUUAGUGAAUAUAUAAAUAUAAAUAAACUGAUCGCUGAUCUCUACAUGAUUCCUGAUGGAAAAGUGUAGGAAAGGCAAAAGGUUAGUGAGUGAGGUAAAGGACUGGUGUGUGGAUUUAGGGGGAUCUAUCUGCAGAGAGGGACUAUAAUAUUCAUAAUUAUGUUUUCAUUAGUGUAUGAUCACCUAAGAAUUGUUGUGUUUUCAUUCGCUUACAGAGGCAGCGGGUCCUCUUCCACAGAGGCUGCCAUGUUUCUACGGUAGCCCAGAACAGACAAAUUAAACAUCUAAAGGCCAAUGUAGCUUCUCCUAAAUGGGGGAGGGGUCUUCAGUUGGUCACGACGAAAUCCUACAGACCAGGACUGUCACCUUUUAUUUGAAAACAUUUGUUCGAACAUGGGGUGAAAAGUUCAUAUUCGAGCUGUAAUGACCUGUUGGAAAUAGAGGCUGCAGUCUCCGACCAUUUUAAGUACUUUUACUCGUGAUCCAGCAGAAGGCGCUGUAACAGCUUGACCUGUUUACUAAGCUAACGAUAACACAGUGUUGUGGCAAAAACAGAGGACAAUACUGAGCAGAGCCAUACUGACAAUCACAACAAUCACAACAUCAGAGAAACAGCGUGUGGAUCGCAAAGUCACGACUUUGUUAAAGUUACUCUUCAAUAACAACAAAUCUGCAGACUCACCUGCUAGCUUACCAUCCCAUUGUUGUCUUAUUGAGAGCCAGGUAGAAGUGUCAGACAGAAAGAGUUAAUACAGUCGUUAAAAAUGUAAUGUUAGCUUGCUGGAAGAACAUGACGACUGAUGUUGGACAGGCUGUUAAGUUUAUGUAGUAAUGUCAUGUUGUGGUGUUUUGGGAGAGCAGGUUGUUUUGAAUUCAUGAAAAAGCGACCGCCCUACUUCAGACUGGUCCUUUAAUAACAAUCUGUUUAUUAGAUUUUUAGAUGUUUGCAGGUGUAAACGUGUAAAAUUGAGUGAAAAUACAUAAAGGUUUGGUGGUGGAUGAGUGUGAAAACAGUUUUUAAAGAUGUGGUGAUUUUGUGUCAGAGCAACAAAAAGUUGCAUCCACACUGACCUGAUGAACUCUUCCAUCACCAGAGUCUGUUACGCCCUCGAGUUAUGGAGAAAUCUAUCGGCUGUUUUAUCUCAACUGAGCAAUUUUUAAAAAGACAAAGACAAGAUCUGGCAGCGUGACAGGAAAUUAUUUCAACAUUUAAUCCUGUAGGUUUAUGAUUGGUGGAUGUACUGUAUAACAUGACACAGGAAUUUAUCUUUAAGGAUUAUUCUGCAAUUUCAACCUGGUGUGUUUCCCAUAAAUGUAAUUAUUGUGCCUCUAUGAGUUGUGAUCACCUCCACUGUAGAGAUCCAGGGGAACGAGGACUCAGUUAAAUCAGUGUAUAUCAUGGUAACUGUCUCCAGCCUCCUACAGCUUUUAAAUAAACAUGAAUCAUUUCAAACACUUGCUUCUGAGUCUGACAGCAAGAAAACACAGACUGUAGCUGCAGAAACAGACAUUAUGAUGAAUGCAUUUUGCUCUCUGAGCUCCAUCCUCUGAGAUGUGUCUCACUAUUUAUUUCUCUUUCUAAUAUUUAUUUUGGUCUUUGUUUCUACAGCUAAUGUGGUAAAUGCAAAGUUAGCAGAACUCUAUGGGAAAUACACUAGGCUGAAAUGUACAUAUUUGAGGAACAUAUAGGAGUUUUUUUCAAGUUAGCUGAAAUGAGAAUGUACAGUUUUAGUGCUUGAGUCAAACACUGAGGUCGUCACUGUGUCUUUAACCUGUAUUGAAUAAAGUCCUGGUUCUUGCUUUUCUCAAUAAUAAAAACAACCUGAACCAAAAUGAA